ACUUCAGAUCGCUCUCAUAAUUUGAUCGCAAAUCAGGUGAAUAUAACGUAAAUUGAAACUCGAAACUUUUGCCGGACAAAAUAUCAGGCGGCGUGCGGCGAUGGAAGCUCACGGUUCCGGUCUCCGGCGAGUUCUGUUGUUGUCGUUCUGUGUCGCCGGGAUCUGGGCCGCUUACAUUUACCAAGGCGUUCUUCAGGAGACCCUGUCGACGAAGAAAUUUGGCGAAGAUGGGAAGAGAUUUGAGCAUCUUGCCUUUCUGAACUUGGCUCAGAAUUUAGUUUGCUUGGUCUGGUCUUAUAUAAUGAUUAAGCUCUGGUCCAAUGGAGGUAGUGGUGGAGCACCAUGGUGGACAUACUGGAGUGCUGGCAUUACUAAUACGAUUGGUCCUGCCAUGGGCAUUGAAGCUUUGAAGUAUAUCAGUUACCCAGCUCAGGUUCUGGCAAAAUCUUCGAAAAUGAUUCCAGUUAUGCUGAUGGGUUCCUUAGUUUAUGGCAUAAGAUACACUUUGCCUGAAUAUCUUUGCACCUUUCUUGUUGCGGGAGGAGUGUCCAUGUUUGCCCUUCUUAAGACAAGCUCGAAGACAAUCAGCAAGCUAGCACAUCCAAAUGCACCCCUUGGUUACGGACUUUGCUUCUUGAACCUCGCGUUUGACGGAUUCACAAACGCUACCCAGGAUUCCAUUACCGCAAGGUACCCAAAAACUAACGCAUGGGACAUAAUGCUGGGAAUGAAUUUAUGGGGAACCAUAUACAACAUGGUCUACAUGUUUGGAUUGCCACACGGGAGCGGAUUUGAAGCUGUACAGUUCUGCAAGCAACACCCUGAGGCAGCAUGGGACAUUCUUAUGUACUGUCUAUGCGGUGCAGUGGGCCAAAACUUUAUCUUCUUGACAAUUAGCAGAUUCGGGUCUCUAGCUAACACGACGAUAACCACAACCCGGAAGUUUGUAAGCAUCGUGGUAUCCUCAGUUCUGAGCGGGAAUCCACUGUCAUCCAAACAAUGGGGAUGUGUGUCGAUGGUGUUUGGUGGUUUGUCUUACCAAAUUUACCUAAAAUGGAGGAAGCUGCAGAGAAUGCAGAAGAAGAAAAAGACUUGAAGCUGAGAAUGGAGAUCAAAAGCUUUGAUUCUUCAAACAAAAUUGUUUUUUUGAUUUGGCAACUUUUUUACUUCACCAUAUCUAGAGGGAAGAAAAGCUUAGUCACAUUAGCAAAAUGUAACCGAAUGCAUUAGAAGACAACUUAAAUAUAUAAAACAAAAAUCAAAUCAUAUUUCCACU